GAUGAAGAAAAUAUUGAAUUAGAUGCCAAAAAUAUUCCACUUGAAAAACGCAAGAAAAAAAAGAAAACAAUACCUAGUAGUAGUGAUACUUAUGAUAAUUAUAUAUCAUCAACAUCAUCUAUGUCUCGUAUUGGAUAUGGAGAUCCACAUACAAGCCGUAGUAUGAAUAGUGCACGACGCUAA